GUGGGAGCCAGCGGCGGCCGCGGCCACGGCCACGAUGGGAGCGGGCGGCCGGAGGACGUAGUGGCCCGCUCCUGGGCUCCAGCGUCCCGGGACGCCGAGGGCGGGCCGGCCCCUGUGGCGGCGGCGGCACUUCCUUGCGGGAGCUCGCCGCGCACCGGCGGACCGGGCGGCGCGAAGCCGCCUGAGGGGCGGGGACGCCGGCCGCUCCCGGCCGGGCCCCUCGGAGCCGCCUCGGGCCCCCAGCGCGUCGUGGAGCUCGGGAGACAGAGCCGGAGGCGGCCGGAGCCCCCCUGCUCGGAGGGAGCCGGGGCUUCGGGGGUCGGCACUAGGCCCCGCGGCGCGAGGAGGAGCCGGAGUGCGGGCCCGGCGCUGGCGGCGGCAUGAGCCGGCCCCCGCCGACGGGGAAAAUGCCCGGCGCCCCCGAGGCCGGGCCAGGGGACGCGGCCGGCGCGGGCCGCCAGAGGAAGCUGGAGGCGCUCAUCCGAGACCCUCGCUCCCCCAUCAACGUGGAGAGCUUGCUGGAUGGUUUAAAUUCCUUGGUCCUUGAUUUGGAUUUUCCUGCUUUGAGGAAAAACAAGAACAUAGAUAAUUUCUUAAAUAGAUAUGAAAAAAUCGUGGAAAAAAUCAGAGGCCUGCAGAUGAAGGCAGAAGACUAUGAUGUUGUAAAAGUUAUUGGAAGAGGCGCUUUCGGUGAAGUCCAGUUGGUUCGUCAUAAAGCAUCACAGAAGGUUUAUGCCAUGAAGCUUCUUAGCAAGUUUGAAAUGAUAAAAAGAUCAGAUUCUGCCUUUUUUUGGGAAGAGAGAGAUAUCAUGGCCUUUGCCAAUAGUCCCUGGGUGGUUCAGCUCUUUUGUGCCUUUCAGGAUGAUAGGUAUCUGUACAUGGUCAUGGAGUACAUGCCCGGAGGGGAUCUCGUGAACCUUAUGAGUAAUUAUGACGUGCCUGAGAAGUGGGCUAAAUUUUACACUGCGGAGGUCGUGCUUGCCCUGGAUGCAAUACACUCCAUGGGCCUCAUACACAGAGACGUGAAACCGGACAACAUGCUCUUGGAUAAACAUGGACAUCUAAAGUUAGCAGAUUUUGGCACAUGUAUGAAGAUGGAUGAAACAGGCAUGGUGCACUGUGACACUGCCGUUGGGACCCCCGACUACAUAUCACCCGAAGUCCUGCAGUCCCAGGGAGGUGAUGGCUACUAUGGACGGGAAUGUGACUGGUGGUCUGUAGGGGUUUUUCUUUUUGAAAUGCUAGUGGGAGAUACUCCAUUUUACGCAGAUUCACUGGUAGGAACCUACAGCAAAAUUAUGGAUCAUAAAAAUUCACUGUGUUUCCCUGAAGAUGCAGAAAUUUCUGAACAUGCAAAGAAUCUCAUCUAUGCUUUUCUAACAGAUAGGGAGGUACGACUUGGACGAAAUGGGGUAGAAGAAAUCAAACAGCAUCCUUUCUUUAAGAAUGAUCAAUGGAAUUGGGAUAACAUAAGAGAGACUGCAGCUCCUGUGGUCCCUGAACUCAGCAGUGACAUAGAUAGCAGCAAUUUUGAUGACAUCGAAGAUGACAAGGGUGAUGUGGAAACCUUCCCAAUUCCUAAAGCUUUUGUGGGAAAUCAGCUGCCUUUUAUAGGAUUUACCUACUAUAGAGAAAACUUGUUAUUAAGUGAUUCCCCACCUUGUAGAGAAAAUGAUUCAGUACAAUCAAGAAAAAAUGAAGAAAAUCAAGAGAUUCAGAAAAAAUUAUAUGCAUUAGAAGAACACCUUAACAAUGAGAUACAAGCCAAAGAGGAGCUGGAGCAGAAAUGCAAAUCUGUUAAUACUCGCCUAGAGAAAACAGCAAAGGAGCUAGAAGAAGAGAUUACCUUAAGGAAAAAUGUGGAAUCUGCAUUAAGACAGUUAGAAAGAGAAAAGGCGCUGCUCCAGCACAAGAACGCGGAGUACCAGCGGAAAGCCGACCACGAGGCAGACAAGAAGCGGAAUCUGGAAAAUGAUGUUAACAGCUUAAAAGAUCAACUUGAAGAUUUGAAGAAAAGAAAUCAGAACUCUCAAAUAUCCAAUGAGAGAGUGAGUCAACUCCAGAAACAACUGGACGAAACUAAUGCUUUGCUGAGAACAGAAUCUGAUACUGCAGCCCGAUUAAGAAAAACACAGGCAGAAAGCUCAAAACAGAUUCAGCAGCUGGAAUCUAACAACAGAGACCUGCAAGAUAAAAACUGCCUGCUGGAGACUGCCAAGUUAAAACUCGAAAAGGAAUUUCUGAAUCUUCAGUCAGCCCUGGAGUCUGAAAGGAGGGACCGAACUCACGGAUCAGAGAUAAUUAAUGAUUUGCAAGGUAGAAUAUCUGGCCUCGAAGAAGAUUUAAAGAAUGGCAAACUCUUACUAGCAAAAGUAGAAGUGGAGAAGAGGCAGCUUCAGGAGAGACUCACGGAUCUGGAAAAGGAAAAGAGCAACAUGGAAAUAGACAUGACAUACCAACUAAAAGUGAUUCAGCAGAGCUUAGAACAAGAAGAAGCUGAACACAAGACCACUAAAGCACGGUUAGCAGAUAAAAACAAGAUCUACGAGUCCAUUGAAGAAGCAAAGUCGGAAGCCAUGAAAGAAAUGGAGAAGAAGCUGCUGGAGGAAAGAAGCCUGAAGCAGAAGGUGGAGAACCUGCUGCUGGAGGCGGAGAAAAGGUGCUCGCUGCUGGACUGCGACCUCAAACAGUCGCAGCAAAAGCUGAGCGAGCUGCUUGGGCAGAAGGAUGUGCUCAGUGAGGAUGUCAGAAACUUGACAUUAAAAAUUGAGCAGGAGACUCAGAAACGCACCCUCACCCAGAAUGACCUGAAGAUGCAGACGCAGCAGGUGAGCGCCCUCCGGAUGUCGGAGAAGCAGCUGAGGCAGGAGAACAGCCAUCUCACCGAAGUGAAAGCCAGCCUGGAGAAGCAGAACGCCGAGCUGCGCAAAGAGAGGCAAGAAGCAGAUGGGCAAAUGAAGGAGCUCCAGGAUCAGCUCGAAGCAGAGCAGUAUUUCUCAACACUCUAUAAAACGCAAGUUAAGGAACUUAAAGAAGAGUGUGAAGAAAAGACCAAACUUUGUAAAGAGUUGCAGCAGAAGAAGCAAGAGCUGCAGGACGAAAGGGACUCCUUGGCUGCCCAGCUGGAGAUCACACUGACCAAAGCAGAUUCCGAGCAGCUGGCACGUUCUAUUGCUGAAGAACAGUAUUCUGAUUUGGAAAAAGAGAAAAUCAUGAAGGAGUUGGAGAUCAAAGAGAUGAUGGCUAGACACAAGCAAGAGCUUACUGAAAAAGAUGCAACCAUCGCAUCCCUUGAAGAGACUAAUAGGACACUAACUGGUGAUGUUGCCAAUCUUGCAAAUGAGAAGGAAGAAUUAAACAACAAAUUGAAAGAUGCUCAAGAGCAGUUGUCCAAGUUGAAAGAUGAAGAGAUCAGUGCAGCUGCUAUUAAAGCACAAUUUGAGAAACAGCUGCUGACGGAAAGAACGCUCAAGACUCAGGCUGUGAAUAAGUUGGCUGAGAUCAUGAAUCGAAAAGAACCUGUCAAACGUGGAAGUGACACAGAUAUGCGAAGGAAAGAGAAGGAGAACAGGAAGCUACACAUGGAACUUAAAUCUGAACGUGAAAAAUUGACCCAGCAGAUGAUCAAAUAUCAGAAGGAACUGAACGAAAUGCAGGCUCAAAUAGCUGAGGAGAGCCAGAUUCGAAUUGAACUGCAGAUGACACUGGACAGCAAGGACAGCGACAUUGAGCAGCUGCGGUCACAGCUGCAGGCCUUGCACAUCGGGCUGGAUAGUUCCAGCAUAGGCAGUGGACCAGGUGACGCGGAAGCCGACGAUGGGUUUCCAGAAUCAAGAUUAGAAGGAUGGCUUUCGUUACCUGUGCGAAAUAACACUAAGAAAUUUGGAUGGGUUAAGAAGUACGUGAUUGUAAGCAGUAAGAAGAUUCUUUUCUAUGACAGUGAGCAGGAUAAAGAACUAUCUAAUCCUUACAUGGUGUUAGAUAUAGACAAGUUAUUUCACGUGCGGCCUGUUACACAGACAGAUGUAUAUAGAGCAGAUGCUAAAGAAAUUCCAAGAAUAUUCCAGAUCCUGUAUGCUAAUGAAGGAGAGAGUAAGAAGGAACAGGAGUUUCCAGUGGAGCCAGUGGGAGAAAAAUCUAAUUAUAUUUGUCAUAAAGGACAUGAAUUUAUUCCUACUCUUUAUCACUUCCCAACCAACUGUGAGGCUUGUAUGAAGCCAUUGUGGCAUAUGUUUAAGCCCCCUCCAGCGUUGGAGUGCCGUCGCUGCCACAUCAAAUGCCACAAAGAUCACAUGGACAAGAAGGAGGAGGUUAUAGCACCUUGCAAAGUGUAUUAUGAUAUUUCAACGGCAAAGAAUCUAUUGUUAUUAGCAAAUUCUACGGAAGAACAACAGAAAUGGGUUAGUCGGUUGGUGAAAAAGAUACCUAAAAAACCCCCGGCUCCAGAUCCUUUUGCACGCUCAUCUCCUAGAACUUCAAUGAAGAUUCAACAAAACCAGUCCAUGAGACGGCCAAGCCGACAGCUUGCCCCAAAUAAACAAAGCUAACUGCCUUCUGUGAAAGCAGUCAUUCAAGGUGAUCAUUUUCCUCCAGUUAAAACAAGACUGAAAUAUGUUUUCCUCAAAGACUAAUAUGCAUACGUACACAUAGAUGUUCCCCUUUCCCUGUAAUAUAAAGU